AAGGUUCGCAGCUCCCCGCUCUGAUUUGUCUGGCUGCCUCCGAGAUGAGCCGACCCGGCAGCAGCCCUCACGAAAAAGGGGUCAGGCAAAAUGGAGACCCAGGAGGUCAUCUCUCAGUGUUUACCAAUACGAUCAACGCAGCAGUGAGUCCCGAAACAAGGUUGUUAUCCGCCUUGGCCAAAGAUACUCAGGCCAGGAAAGUUGAUCUGGCAGGGAGAGAGUAUUACAGUGAGGAGGGAAGGACCUUUGAAUUGCGUCUUGUUGGAAAAAUAAAGCAACAGUUAAGCGCUGAUCCCACUCUUCAUCCAGAGUAUCCCUCUUCUUUUGGUGUGAGAGAAUUCACCAGACAAGCCACAAAGGUUGCUCUGGGGAAGCAUUCUAGGGCUAUAGUGGAGAAUCGGGUGUUAGGUGUCCAGACCCCUGGUUUUACUGCUGCUGUUCGUCUUGGAGCUGAACUCUUGAGGUGCUGGCACGAUGUCAGUGCUGAUUGGUGUGGGCCAAUUUACCUCUCCUCCCCUUGUGAUGACUCAUUGGCCGGUAUCUUUCAGGCCGCAGGGAUCCAAGAGAUCUGUGAGUAUCAUUACUGGGAUGACAAGAAGCGUGGUAUUUGUUUGGAGAGGCUUCUGGAGGAUUUGGAGAGGGCUCCUGAGCAUAGUGUUGUUGUUCUCUCAGCGUCUGCCCACUACCCGACUGGAGCAGACCUCUCUCAGAGUCAAUGGGCUGUGAUUACACGGCUCAUUAUGAGGCGUAGACUUUUCCCCUUCCUCUUGCUGCCUACACAGGUGCUCUGCUGUGGAGACUUAGAGCGAGAUGCUUGGGCCGUACAGUACUGUGCAUCGCAGGGAGUGGAGCUUCUCUGUGCUCAGUCAUUUUCCCAUUGCUUUGGACUAUAUGGUGAAGCUGUUGGACACCUCCUGUGCAUCUUAAAGCAGAACUCCAUCCUGCUGUCCGUGCAGUCUCACGCUGACAAAAUAGUGAGAUCACUGUGGGCCCGGCCAUCUGUAGGGGGAGCGCACAUUGUCACCACAGUGCUCAGUAACUCGGCCCAUCUUGUUGAGUGGCAGGGAGAAGUUAAGCAUAUUGUUGAGAGAUGUAUGCUGAUCAGAGCCAUAUUAAGAGAAAAGCUGAGGCUUUUGGGAACUCCUGGUUGCUGGAACCACCUGACUCAACAAGGUGGACUCUUUUGUCAUACAGGGUUGAAUGGUGAGCAAGUGGAAUUUCUGUCAAACAGGAGACACGUGUACCUGCUCCCCGGUGGCUGUCUAAACGUGAGCGCAAUCAACGGCCGUAACCUGGACUAUAUAGCUGAGUCCAUCCACUUGGCUCUGACCACUACGCUCUGACUGCGUGGCUUUUAUCAGCAUCCAAAAUCUGUGUCAGAUGGGUGUUUUUUUCAGCCAGACUGAAAGACAAUGAGGUUGGACCUUUCAUGUGUUUCAUUAAAAAUUUCCUUUUUAA